ACCAGACCAGUCAAGCACAGCAAAUCAAAACUUUCUCAACAUCCUUUAAAUCAUCGCUAAAACUUUUGCUUCUUGUCACAAACUCACAAUGUCGCUCAUCCCCAACUUCCGACGAAACAGCGACUUUGAUCCCUUUUCCCUCGAUCUCUGUGAUCCUUUCAAGGAUUUCCAAUUCCCUACUCCUUCUUUCUCUGAAUUUCCUCAUGAAAACUCGGCCUUUGUCAACACUAGGAUCGACUGGAAGGAGACUCCGGAAGCACAUGUGUUUAAGGCUGACAUUCCAGGGCUGAAGAAAGAAGAGGUCAAGGUUGAGGUCGAAGAUGACAGGGUGCUUCAGAUUAGCGGAGAGAGGAAGAUAGAGAAGGAGGACAAGAAUGAUACAUGGCACCGGGUUGAGCGUAGCAGCGGCAAGUUCUCGAGGAGGUUCAGGCUUCCAGAGAAUGCCAAGAUAGAUGAGAUUAAGGCUGCUAUGGAGAAUGGGGUUCUCAGUGUGACCAUUCCUAAGGUGGAGGUGAAGAAGCCUGAUGUCAAAGCCAUUGAAAUCUCUGGUUAAUUAAAACUUCAGAAAUCAGGGUCAUCUUUACUAAUUCUCUUUUUCUUGCUUGUCCUAUCAACGUGAUAUUGUGAGUCUCAGUAAUAGUAUGAGUGUGACCAAGUGUCGGUGUAUCUUGUAAUGUGUAAUAUUAAGUAUUUGGAAUCUGGUUGUAAACUUUUGUUAAGCUAAUAAAAAUGUUUGAAGUUCAUAUAUUUC